CACUCAGUAUCAGCGUUUAGCAGCUCGCGCAACUCAGAGCUGCCGGUCAGGCGGCAGCUGCUGUGUUUUCUAGAUUUUAACAGGAACCUUAAAGGACUUUAGUGCAUCGUGGGUCGUGCAGUUUGGAGCAUUGGAGGCUGAAAGCUUAACACAGGCCAGGAGCAUGGGGUGAUGAGGACUCUCAUCAGCGGACUUCGGUGCAGAUGACUAGGGAUGGACAGGAAAGCACCUCGACAUUUGGUGAAUGACAUAAACAACACUGGACAACAAGAGGAGCAGCAGGAAUUUUUGAACUCCCUGGAGAUCGUUGUUCUCUCUAUUGUUCUCUCCAUCAUCAUCAUCAUGACGGUGUUUGGGAACCUGUUGGUUAUGGUGGCACUCUGCACGGACAGGCACCUGAGAAAGAAAAAGACCAACUACUUCAUUGUGUCGUUGGCGUUUGCUGAUUUACUGGUCGCCCUAGUUGUGAUGCCAUUCGCUGCCAUUGAGUUGACCACUGGUCAGUGGCAUUACGGGGAGCUCUUCUGCUUGGUGCGAACAUCACUGGAUGUUUUGUUGACCACAGCAUCCAUUCUGCACCUGUGCUGCAUUGCACUAGACAGAUAUUAUGCUAUCUGCUGCCAGCCUUUGGUCUACAGACACAAGAUGACCCCUGUAAGAGUGGCUGCCAUGCUCAGCGGUUGCUGGCUCAUCCCCAUGUUCAUCUCCUUCCUGCCCAUCAUGCAGAGUUGGAAUGAAAUUGGUAUCGAAGACAUAAUAAAAGAGAGGAUAUCCCAGACAGGAGGCUUCAACAACACAAGCUGUAUAUUUCUAGUUAACUGGCCCUACGCCCUGGUCUGCUCGGCUGUGGCCUUCUACGUGCCUUUGGUCCUCAUGGUCCUCGCCUAUCAGCGCAUCUAUGUCACCGCCAUGACACAUGUCCGACAGAUUGAGACUCUGCAGCGUGCCGGCUCUGCUCCCACCACCGGCACAGAUCCAGUUGUCACUGUGAGGACAUCCACUUCCUCAGAUCCUCUGGAUCACUACCGUAUUAGAUCAACGACAGGCUCCUCAUCGUCUGAGUCGGCUUCUGUCGGAAACAGCCGCAUGCGCAUAGAGACCAAGGCAGCAAAGACGCUGGCAGUGAUAAUGGGCUGUUUCUGCCUGUGCUGGGCUCCAUUUUUCAUAACCAACGUGGUGGACCCCUUCAUAAACUAUUCUGUUCCUGGGCAGCUGUGGACAGCCUGGCUCUGGCUUGGUUACAUUAACUCAGGGUUGAACCCCUUCCUGUACGCCUUUCUGAACCGGGCUUUUCGGAGGGCAUUCCUGGUGAUUCUGUGCUGUGGGAAUGAGCAGUACGCGCAGCAGAGGACCCGCUCCCUCAGACUUACCCAGAGACCGUGCUCACCUGCGUCUGCCAACGGCACUUCGAUGGCACUCAGAAGACAAACACUGAUCUCCCUGCUGGCUGUUGGCAGGAGGAUGCUCAUCCACUUCUGUGUGACAGACGGACGGACAGAGACAGAGAAGGAGCUCUGUUUGGAUUGUAAACAAACUGACUUCGCAGAUAAUACAGACAACAGAGGAGCCAAAGUUACAGAACAUUUCUGUUUAUCUUUCCCUUGUGGCCCCUUAGGCCUGAACAGGCCUCCACAUGGGACUGUGUGAGUGUGUGCGGGGGCAGACUGACACCAUUGAUCUGAUGAGAAAGAAUUAAUUAUGUGAAUCCUUCAGAUACCACAGUGAGGGGUGGAAACUUUGUGCCACCUUUGGUGUUUUUUUGUUUUUUUGGGUGAUGUUGGUGAAUUUUUGCAAAAUAUUUCUAAAUCCUAUGAAUGGCUUCAGUGAUAAUUGUGUGACUCUACCUAUCAAUGCACACGUGUCUCCGGGGAGCAGCUCCACAUGGUGCUAAAAGUCAGAGUUUGUGUUGUCAAAGUUUGGCCCUAUAGGAUGUAUUUUACUACAAAAAUCAACAUGUAUGUACUAGCAGCUGUAGAAUGUUUAGGACUUUGCAAACAGAGUUAUAAUAAAGUUGCAGCUUAGUGAUUUAUGUGCUGUUUUUUAAGCAGGCAUAAGAAUUUUAGACUUGCAAAAACAGCUAAAUUGUUAUGGCUACUAAAUUAUCAGAGGAUGACAAUCAGUGUUUGUGUGUGUACUAUGUUGAAAAAAAAAUCACAGUUGUUUUGUUUUUCAUAAAUAAAUCAGUAAAAAAAACACAGAAGACUAAACUGGCUUUAAAAACUGUUUUACUUUGGAGCUGAACUUUAAACAAACUGGCAUGGAGGCAACCAAUGGUCCUAUCUUCUCUGCCAUCUUCACAGACCAGUCAGGCGCCAACUUUAAAAAGAUCUUUGAGGAUUUUAAGCAACCCGGUUCUGAUUUCCCAGACCUUUUCAUUCCUGUUGAAGCUGCACAGAAGUUCAUCCAAAAAAGGCACCAAAUGCUGACUUUUACGUGUUUAAUCCUCCCGAUUCUUUUUAUCCACUGCAGACUCUGUGAAAACAUCUCCUUCUUGUUUUUUUGCCCGUCUCACUAAUAACAAAAUUGUGUAGUUACUUUGUGGAGCUGAUCUGGUCUGUGUGUGUGU